CAUGUUGGGCGCAUGCGUAAACGUAUUGCGUCAAGCUGUUUGAUAUCCUAUACUACUAUCGCUGAUUCAUUGAAAGAAUUUUGAUUUUCUAUGUAUUAUUAACAAUUUGUAAAGAGUACUUGAAGCAAAAAUGUGCUGCUAAAUAUCUGGUUAGGUUGGAAUUGGGCUUUUUGGCUGAUAUGGAGGGCAAAUGUGAGAGAAAGUUGUAAAAAACUAAGGUGAGGCACAAAGAUGCAGGAGAGUGACUUGGGCCAAAGUGAAAGAGGGAGUCAGAAAAAAAAUUCAAACGAAGCCCAACAAAAUGCUCUGCCUACAACUGCGCUUUCAGCAGGUAGAAUUCCUACGACCUUUGGAAGUCAGCCCAAUACAGUUGCUGUUUAUCCACAAAGUAACAUGAACCUUCCCACGGUUACAUUUACCUUGCCUAGAACCAUCAAUACUCAGCAAUCUGUGACACCAUCUUUGCAAUUGUCAGCUGCAUCUUUGUCAAACACUCGCCUUGUAACACCACAGACAUUAAAUAUCAUCCAACGACAAUUAUCUUCAGGUAUAGUUGGAUUGUCAACUGUUUCGGCACAAGGACUGCAGGUUUUGCAGGCAUCUGGCACACCUCUCACAUUUGUAACAGCGACCAGCUCUGAAUCUGCUGUAGCUUUAGAGCAACAAAGAAAGGCAUUGCUCCUUCAGCAACAAAAGCAAAAUCAAGCUGGUUCUACCACUAACAGCAGUGGAACUAUCCAUCAUCUGGCCUCAAGUAGCCCCGCCAACCCUCUUUCCAACUCAAACCAUAAUACUGCUGUCAGUAUGAGUAGCAUACAACAGUCUCCAUCUGGUCGUGGAUUGAAUCGCUCACAGACAGAGCCAGGCACAUUGCUAUCAUCUUCAUCGCUUACUUCAUCAAACACCAUGAGUGAUGAUCAUAAAUCAUUUAACUUGUCUCAACAGGCAUCCUCUGUUACUGCAUCUGUGACUUCAUUAGGCCCACCUGCUAAAAAGAUAAAGCUUGAAGAAAAACCAGCUCCUGAUAAAGAAACAGAAAUGUGCAGACUGUCAGUUUGUAAUUAUAAAAGACAAAUGAUGUAUGAUAUACAAGUUAAAUAUAAAGAAUACUUGACUGAGCUUUUCUAUCUGCAAGGAGGUGGAAAUAUCACAGAAUUUCAUGUUUGGAAAAAAAGACCAACGCAACCGUUACUAAGUUUUCUUAAAGAUAGCAAAUUAGAUAGUGAUGAUGAUGAGGAAUUGCUCGAAAAACGAAUUAAUGAUGAGGUGAAGGUGCUAACAAGUGCAGGCAGUAAUGUCCCUCUAGCAACACCAGUAGCAAUAUCCAUGACCCUUCCCCCGUCAGUGUCUGCCCUAAGCCAGCAAGGUAGUAGCGAGUCCCUUGCUUCUUUCUCAUCUUUUACCAACACUAACCCCACUUUGCUGGGCUCUCACGCUUCUGGGAUUGAUGACUUUCUUAGGCAGCUCACUGCCUAUGUGAAGGCAGUUAAUUCUACUACAACACCACCUCUAACAAGUACCUCUUUACCAAUUGUUACAUCUUCUGAGCUUCAGCAGCAUCUUACAAAGACAAUUGAUGUGAAACCUAAUUCACAUGCUUUAAAGUCUGGAAUUUCUACAGGUCAAUCAUCCACUGCAAAGAGCUUUAAAACAACCAGCUCAUCUCCAGGUCGCUCUAGACAGCAGUCAAUAUCUUCAGUUUAUGAAAAUGUUACUGGAGGAUCUCAAGAUGUGAUAGUUGAAAGAGCAAAACAGGAAGCGCAUGUCUUGCAAAGAGUUAAUGAACUUAGGAAAGAAGGGUUAUGGUCUGCCAAACGCUUGCCCAGAGUUCAAGAGCCCCCAAGACAAAAAGCUCAUUGGGAUUAUUUAUUAGAGGAGAUGACUUGGUUAGCAGCUGAUUUCAUUCAGGAGCGUAAAUGGAAGAAAGCGGCAUCUAAAAAGCUUGCCAGAAUGGUGGCAAAUCACUUCAGGGAACAAGAACAAAAAGAAAUGAGAGCUGAGAAGGAAGAAGGCUUAAAACUUAAGAAGAUAGCAAGUCAUUUAGCCAAAAUGGUGAAAGAAUUUUGGACCAACAUUGAAAAAGUUGUGCAAUAUAAACAGACUCAGAGAUUAGAGGAAAAGAAAAAGAAAGCCCUAGACCUUCACCUCAGCUUCAUUGUGGACCAAACAGAAAAGUAUUCAUCCUGGUUAACAGCUGGUCUCCAAAAGACUGAUGGUAGUAGGACAUCAUCUGAUGGCGAAUUUUCUUUAGACAGUGGUGAUGAGUUUCAUCCAAUUGGUACAGCAAGUGAUGAUGAAGAAACAAUUGAAAGAGAAGAAAAUGAAUCUGGUAUCGAUGAGGAUGCGACUAAAAAAGAAGUUGAAGAAUUGCAGAAAGAAAGUGAGCUUCCUUUAGAAGAAUUGUUAAAAACAUUACCUAAAGAAAUGUUAGAUGAACCAUCAAGCCAUUUGCCGUUUGAUGAUGAUGAUGAAAGUGAUGAAACAAGUAGCAAAGAUUCAGAAUUGGCCCAGGAAAAAGAUGUUGAUUUCACUGUUGGGGAAGAGGAGGAGGAUAUAGAAGAAACAAUUGAGGAGCAAGAGGCUCAAGAGAAAAAAAAUUAUUCUGAAGAAUUAGAUGAUUUAAAAACAGAAGGUGAAAUGAGCGUUGAAGAUUUGAUGAAAAAAUAUGCUGGAGCUUAUGAUGAUGAUUUCAAAAUGCCAGAUGAAAGCUCGGGUGAAGACAGUGAUGAUGAAGAAAUGUCAGAGUCUGAGAAAGAAUCAGAAUCAUCAGAAGAGGAAGAGGAAGAAUCAGAUCCAGAAGACAUACAGCCUAAUCAAGAAACAUGUGAAUUAAAGCAAGAUGAUGUUGGUCUAGAAUUUUUAGUGAAAAAGGAUAACUUGCAGCAUGAACCUACAAAUCUAGAAGGCCCAGAUAAGGAGUUCAAUGACAUAGCUGCUGCUGCCCAAAGUCUUCAGCCUAAAGGGUACACUUUGGAAACUACUGAAGUUAAGACAAAAGUACCGUUCUUGCUAAAGCAUAGUUUGAGAGAAUAUCAGCAUGUUGGCUUGGAUUGGUUGGCAACAAUGCAUGAUAAAAGACUAAAUGGCAUUUUAGCUGAUGAAAUGGGCUUAGGAAAAACCAUUCAAACUAUUGCAAUGUUGGCACACCUCGCUUGUGAUAAAGGAGUAUGGGGUCCCCAUCUUAUUGUUGUUCCCACAAGUGUAAUGUUGAAUUGGGAAAUGGAAUUUAAGAAAUGGUGCCCAGCUUUCAAAAUCUUGACCUAUUAUGGUAGCAUUAAGGAGCGUAAGCUAAAAAGACAGGGCUGGACUAAAACUAAUGCAUUCCAUGUAUGUAUUACGUCUUACAAAUUAGUAGUGCAAGAUCAUCAAGCAUUCCGUAGAAAAAAAUGGAAAUAUUUUAUUUUAGAUGAGGCUCAAAAUAUUAAGAACUUCAAAUCACAACGAUGGCAAAUGUUGUUAAAUUUUUCUAGUCAGCGCAGACUUUUGUUGACAGGAACACCCUUACAAAACUCACUUAUGGAACUGUGGUCUCUCAUGCACUUUCUCAUGCCAAAUGUUUUCCAAUCACAUUCCGAAUUUAAGGAGUGGUUCUCGAACCCUCUUACAGGAAUGAUUGAAGGAAGUCAGGAAUAUAAUGAGAGUCUUGUCAGACGCUUGCACAAGGUUUUAAGGCCUUUUCUUCUACGUCGAUUAAAGAAUGAAGUUGAGAAGCAAAUGCCUCAAAAAUUUGAGCAUGUAGUCAUGUGUCGAUUAUCAAAACGACAGAGAUAUCUGUAUGAUGAUUUCAUGUCGCAGACAAAGACUAAGGAAACUUUAGCCUCAGGACACUUUAUGAGUGUCAUCAACAUAUUGAUGCAGUUGAGAAAAGUUUGUAAUCAUCCCGACCUGUUUGACCCCCGCCCUAUCGUGUCACCCUUUAAGAUGGAAGGUAUUGUUUAUACAACAGCUUCUUUAGCAGUGAGAGCAUUGGAAUAUGAUCCUUUCAGAGAUAUUGACUUGUAUAUUUUGUUUCCUAAUUUGGCGGAAAUGGAACUAGAUCUUCCUUCCUUUGUUGCUCAAAGAGUCAAACAGUUAAAAGCUUCAGGAAAAUUAAUUGAGGAAGUUGAUAGCCUGCCAGAUUCACCAACCCGGCCUCAGCCAGGCCAAUUGAAAAAGGGGUUUGCACCUGCUUCAUCACAAGCCAACAAAGUAACACCUGUCCCACCAGUAACACCUCCAUCCAAGCCAGAGGUAUCAACUGUAACACUUUCAUCAACUCAGUCCACCCCUUCCACUGUAAAUAGUCUAAAGCUGCUGCUUCCGCCUUCAUCAUCUUCAUCAACUCAACAAACAAUCUUGAUCCCAAACCCUAAUGGUUCAGGCCCACCCCUUAUAUUACCAUUGUCUUCCAUUUCAUCUUCAUUAUCAACUUCUGCAGCUAUUGCCCAAGCAAAAUUAAUCUCUUCUCAGUUGCAAAGUGGCAUUCUACAACUUGUACAGACUCCAUCAGGACAUCAGAUUCUGAAAACUAAUACUACCUCUGUAUCAACACCUAUUUCAACGGUUGCAUUAGCAUCAUCACCUGUGUCCAGCUCAUCAACAACCAAUAUAUCUUUGUUAAAACUUUCUACAGCUGUUUCCCAGCAGAAGCCUGUCAUGAAAGUUUCUCCAUUUGUUUCUUCUGGAACUACUGAUGUAGCAUCUAGUCCUGCAGUAAAUUCUGCAAUGUUAAAGCGACCACCUCCACAGAAACCUAUGAAGAAGUCUGAAUUAUUUCUGGAAUCUUUAUAUCGCAAGAAAGAAGAGCGAAGACAGCAUGCAUUGUCUCUUAUUGCAAGAAUCAAUCAUACAAGAUGUGAUAAAUGUCCUGUCUAUGGUUCAGAUACGCAUCAUUGUGUCAACUGUCUGCGCUCUUUGAGCUGCACAAAUUGUAGUUCACUUCCAUCUCAGCUGAAGUCUUCUAGCAAGAAUAACUCCUGGCGUGGUGAUGGCUAUGUCAAUUGUUUGUAUGCACAGAAUCAUUCUAUUAACCACAACCACCCAGAUGUAUUCUGGAGAGAAACAUCCCACCUUCAACACAUUAUACAUUCUCCUGAUAAAUGGCUGGAUGAACUCAAAGAUGUACUAUCUAGGUUUGUUUUUGUCACACCAACCGUGAUUUCUCCAGCUGUGACAUUAAGAGUGUAUAAUCCAGAUCCAUCUAGUGUAUCUCAACAAUGGAUGGAGACAACAUUAAGACCAGAAAUUGUAAAAAAAUCUUCCAUUCUUCAUCCUAUUCAGUCUCGGACAUUAGUCACAUUCCCUGAGCUUAGGCUGAUUCAAUAUGAUUGUGGGAAACUUCAGACAUUAGAUCUUUUGCUUAGGCAGUUGAAGUCAGGACAGCAUAGAGUACUUAUAUUUACACAGAUGACUAAAAUGCUUGAUGUCCUUGAAUCUUUUCUUAAUUUUCAUGGACAUAGGUAUCUUAGGCUAGAUGGAACAACAAAAGUAGAGCAGAGACAGUAUCUCAUGGACAGGUUCAAUGCUGAUCCCAGGAUAUUUUGCUUUAUUCUUUCAACGAGAUCUGGUGGGAUAGGUGUUAAUUUGACUGGUGCAGAUACUGUGAUAUUUUAUGAUAGUGACUGGAACCCAACUAUGGAUGCUCAAGCUCAAGAUAGAUGUCACAGGAUAGGUCAAACUAGAGAUGUUCAUAUAUACAGACUGGUGAGUGAAAUGACAGUUGAAGAAAACAUCCUAAAGAAGGCUAACCAGAAACGUUUGUUGGGUGAUUUGGCUAUUGAAGGAGGAAAUUUUACCACAGCAUUUUUUAAAGAACAAACAAUCACUGAUUUGUUUGCUGAGCCAUCUGGCUUAGAUUCUUUGGUAGAAGAGAAGGCUAGAGAAAAAGAAGCAAAACAAAAAGACAGAGAGGCUAAAGAACUGGCUGCAAAACUUGAAAGGGAAAAUGAAGAGCGUGAAAAGCGUGAAAGAGAAGAGACUAAAAAGGAAGCUGCAAUCCUCUCUCAGUUUGAACAAGCUUUAUGCAAGGCUGAAGAUGAAACUGAUGCUUUAGCUGCUACACAACUGCAGGCAGAACAAAAGGCUGAACUGGCAGAGUUUGAUGAGAAUAUACCUUGGGAUGAAAGAGAGGCUGAAAUAAGGAAAGAAGAGGAGGAAGUAUCAAAAGUUGAAAUAGAGCUUGCUAUGAUUGAUAAAGAGUUGACACCUAUUGAGCGCUAUGCUGUAAGUGUUAUGGAAGCUCAGUUGGAACCAGAAACAGCUGAAGAACUUAAAAUUGCUGAGGAGGACAUAGAAAAUUCCAAAAAAGACUGGGAACUAGCUCGGCUCAAGGCAUUAAAAGAAGAAGAAGAAAGAAGAGCAGAAUUAGAAGAGGAUGAAAUGCUCUAUGUCUAUGCUAAGGAUGAAUCCCAGAUGUUUGUCUCUGGUUAUGAUGGGGCUGAAAUGCCUAUGUGGUGUCCGCCUACCCCGCCCCAAGAUGAUAAUGAUAUCUACAUGGAUGAAACAUUGUCUUUUCUUUAUGAACCACGUGUUAUGCCUGAACAGGCAUUGCCACCUGUCUAUGUACCUAAAGCUCAUAAGAAACCCAAAUUGGAAGCCAUUACUACUCGCAAACAGAAACAGCGCAAAGAAGAGCAGCCACGUGUUCCAAGAUCAUUGUUUGACAAACCAAAGGAAGUUGUGAUGAAACAAAGAAGAGAUGCUAAGAUGCAAAGAUUGAGGCAGAACCUACAGGUCCCAGCUAAAAUAAUAGCUGGUAGAGCACCACUAGGGCAGCCGCAGCAGCAGCAACAGCCUCCACCUACACCUGUUGUGGCUAAGCCUGAGCCUGAUCCCAACUACCCAGAAUGGCUUGUUCAUGAAGAAUGGGCUUUAUUGGAGGCUGUUCAACACAUUCAGAAGUUAAAUCCUGAGCUUAUAAUUGACAAUCCAGCUCAAACAGUGAAUUGGGACUUUGUUUCAGAUUAUGUUAGUGUUGUUGGACGCAUUUUUAGGGCAGCCAAGCAUUGUCGAUACCAGUAUGAAUAUGUUGUUUUACCUAGAGAAGAUGGCAAAAUUUUGUACAACUUGAAACAGAAGAAAACUCCUAAAUCUAUUUAUAAGACCAAAAAUACCAGACCUCUUCGAACAGAGCAACUAUAUUCCCAGGAAGGCUUAAAGAACUACUCUCAGCUCUUUGACAUCCGCUUUGCGGCUAUGAUGGAGAUUGGAGCCAAGCGCCCUGCAUCCAUGAGACAGACCAUAGUGAACCCUGCUGCCAAGCAUACUAAGCAUGCUGCUCUGUUAGCUGAGAAUGGCAUCAAUUACGACAGUCCUAUGUUACCCAGCCAGCUGGCAGCUAAGAGAGCAGAGAGAGUUGCACUGGAGAAAAAAAAACAACAGACUGCUGCAGCUCAACAAGCUCAAGCUGCCACAGCUAAUGUAACUGUACAGGAUCCAACAUCUGUUACUCAAAGACCAGUUCAGGCUGCCAUUGUUGCAACUGGUGUCACACCAGCCAUUCAAGGCCCUCAGCUUUCCUCUAUAGUCUCUGUAACACCUAUUGCUGGUCAAGUACCAAAGGUAGCUGUGGGUCAAGGUUUGACAGCUGUGUCAAUAGCUAGGACUCUAGCUGCUGCUGGAAAUAUCAUAGUCAGUGCUGGUUUACAGUCUGGUCCAUUUGCUGCUAUCAACAAAAGAAUGUCACAAGCUGCUCUUCCUUCAACAAUAGCAGUAACUGGAAACCUCACCCCAGCAAUUCGUGGUCAGCGUCCACCUGUUCCUGGUACACCAACAAUAACUAUGCAAGACCUUGGAGUAACGGUGAAUACAUCAACAGCAGUAACUGUUGCAGCACAAGCAGCUGUGGCGGCAGCACGUUCAGCUCUACAGACCACUGUAGCCUCAUCCCUGACAGCUGGGCAGAAACUGGCAGCUUUGACAGCUACUGGAACAACAAUUCAGCCUCACUUGGUUCAAGCAGCUAGAAACUUUACCCCCCAACAGAUAAAUCUAUUGAGACAGAACCAAUCAAUCAUCCGUACUCAAGCAGCCACUGGGGCUCAACAACUUCGAGGACAGAAGUUAUUAACUGCUGAUCAGAUCCGAGCCCAGCAGUUAAAACAUCCUAAAGUCAUCACUCAGCAGCUUCUUGUACCAAUAAGAGGACAUUCUAUCCUGUCAAAACAGGGUCUACUGAGGGGCACCCUCCCUAAAAUGUCAGAUGAACAGCUGAAUGCAUUGAGGAUGAGAACACACAUACAAACCCCACAAGGAAAACAGUUACAGACAGCACAGAUCAUUCAAGGUCAGGUGACAACUGUUCAAGGUGGUGUUUCCAGUGCUCAGACACCAGUCACACUGGUGAAAUCAGUGUCAGCAGCACCCACAGUGUCUGUUCCUGUUACUAUCCCUGUGACUGCCAUCAAUGUGGGACAACAGAGAACUGUUGUUGCUGCUACUCGAGCAACCACAGUUAGCCAACUUCAGCAGCAGCAGCAGCGAAUGCAAGUUCUUAAAGCUCAGCGUACAACUGGAACACAACAAAAAGUCUCUGGGAUAACAACUGGAAAAGCAGGCCAACAAAUCCCCCUUCUUAUACCUCAACACACCAAACUGAAUACUGUGUUGGCAGGGAAUCAAAUCCUUCAUCAGAUAGGCAUUGUGAGCAAAUCUCCAGGCCUGCAACAGAUUAUAACUCAUGGCUCACAGCCUACAAUUAUAACCCAAGUCUCCCAGGCUGGAGGCCAACCUAUACAGCAAGUUGUAGCCAAGGUUUCAUUACAAUCUGGCAACCAGACUUUGACUGCAGGCACACCAAUUACUGUGACUCAUGUAAGCUCCCCAACAGUGGGCCUAAGCUUAACUGGCCAAGGGGGAGUUAAAACUGCAACCAUUACUUCACUAGAUGCAGGGACUGGCAAUAUCCAAGCUCAUUCAAUACAGCCAGGACAAAAAACUGUUACAGCAUUACCACAGAGUCUUGUCACAACUCAAACUAUCCAGGUUCAACAAGUAACUACAGCACAAGGUACAUCCUAUUUACAAGUCACUCCAGCUACUGUCCAAACACAGCCUUCGUCUGUACCCCAGCAAACAGCGGUUACUGUUCCAGCAAAUCUUGUCACUGCGUCAACAUUGAGGGCCACUGCCACAUCACUGCCUUCUACAUCUAGGUCACAGACACCUACUCAAAUUAGUUUAGUAGCCAGCCCAGCACCCCCAACUGUGUCAGCAACCCUGACAAAUGUACAGGUCCAACCAAGUACACCCACCCUUGAUGCUCUUGCUAAUUCUCAAGUUAUAGCACAGAAUGUGCCUGCUCCAGCUGCCAUGGCAACUGUAGUGACACAAACUAAUCAGCCAGACUCCACUCAAGGGACAGCACAGAAAGCAUCACCAUAUGCAAUGAGAACUAGAAAUGCUAAACACUAAUUGAAUACAAUUAUUUUUGUACAGUUGUGAAUCAUUGGGACCAUUGUGUAUAUGUGUGAAUGUGAUAAAUGAUUUAUAAUUAUUUUUUCAAAAGUUGUAAAGUUUUGUUUUUUUGCAAUGUCAUUUUCUUAUGUGAAGUUCAUGUAAUUGUUAAAUGCAAUAAAAUUUUAUAUACUAUAUAAAAGUU